GAGCGCCGCGAGCAGGUUGUUGUUUUGAUGCGAGGCGUCAGCGCGCGCGGAGCUGUGACCGCCGGCGCCGUGACAGCCAGCUGGGCCGGCGGAGGUGGCGCUGCCCCGGCAGACGUUGAAACAUGUCUGAAAAUUCCAGUGACAGCGACUCAUCUUGUGGCUGGACUGUCAUCAAUCAUGAGGGGUCUGACAUAGAGAUGGUGAAUUCUGAACAUGGCCCAGGCAGCAGCACCUCUGAGCUCGCUCCGGAUACGUCACCUGUAGGGCAGGAGCAGAUGCAAGGGCUGCAGUUGGAACAGGAAGAGGCUGGCCGGAGCGGUGCGGUGCUGAUGGGAGGAGUUGCUCAUCCAUCUUUGGAGGAAAUGAAGCCAGCAUUUGAGGGAGAAGAAGAAAAGUCUCUAGAGGAUAAUGUCUAUUUUGGAACUAUCAGUGAUGAUUCUGAUAUUGUUACCCUUGAACCGCCUAAAGUAGAAGAAAUUGGGAGUUCGGAGGCAGCUCUGACCAUGAAGGAAGAGCCGAGUCUAGAGGAUCUCAACAUGGGCUCUUCCUCCAGCAGCCAGUACACGUUCUGUCAGCCAGAAACAGAGACGUGGUGGGAGAAGCUGUGGAAGGUUCCUGAGUGCCUCAGGGGCUGGGAUGGCCCGCAGAAACUCCGUGCUCCUGGCCAGCGCUCUCGCCAAGUAUUUUCAUCUCAGCCCAGCGAUGAUGAGUCCAGCAGUGAUGAAGCCAGUCAUCACCCUAGUCCUGCCUUUAAGCGGCGCCGAGCUAAGAAGAAGCCCUUGUCUGCUUUGGACAACGAAGAGCGUCCGCUGGCUGAGCAGGAACUGGAACCGUCAGCGGAGCCGUGUAAGCGCCAGUUCAGCAGUGGCCUCAACAAAUGUGUUGUCCUGGCCUUGGUGAUUGCUGUCAGCAUGGGCUUCGGACAUUUCUAUGGAACAAUUCAGAUUCAGAAGCAGCAUCAGUUAGUUAGAAAGGUUCAUGAAGAUGAAUUGAUUGACGUGAAGGAUUAUCUUUCCCAAUGUCAACAGGGACAAGAGUCUUUUAUAGAUUAUGAGUCAUUGAAGGAAAACCUGGCAAGGUGUUGGACCCUUACCGAGAGAGAGAAACUGUCCUUUGAGACUCAGAAGAAGGACCUUCACACAGAAAACCAGCACUUACGGCUCUCUCUGGAGAAGGAAGAAAAAGCCCUGUCUUCAUUACAGGAAGAGUUAAGGAAACUAAGAGAACAGAUUAGGGUACUGGAAGGUAAAGGAACAAGUCCUGAGUUAGUUACGGAAAACCAGAAACUUAGGCAGCAUUUGGAAGAAGAAAAGCUGAAGACACGCAGCUUCCUUAGCCAGAAGGAGACGCUCUUGGCAGAAGCCGAGAUGCUGAGGCGGGAGAUGGAGCGGGAGCGACUCCUCACCAAGGCCUUAAGGGUGGAGCUCCAGCAGUUAAGUGCUCAGCCUGCCCACGGUGACCCAGACUCGCCGGGUGGACUGGAAGGAAAAAAGGAAAUUGAAACGUUGCGGGAAAGGCUGGCAGAGCUGGAGCGGAAGCUGAACUUUGAGCAGCAACGUUCUGAUUUGUGGGAAAGAUUGUAUAUUGAGGCAAAAGAUCAAAAUGGAAAACAAGAAAUGGAUGGAAAAAAGAAAGGGAGCAGAGGAAACCACAGAGCUAAAAAUAAGUCAAAGGAAACAUUUUUGGGCUCUGUUAAGGAGACAUUUGAUGCCAUGAAGAAUUCUACCAAAGAGUUUGUACGGCACCACAAAGAAAAAAUUAAACAGGCUAAGGAAGCUGUGAAAGAGAAUCUGAAAAAAUUCUCGGAUUCAGUCAAAUCCACCUUCAGGCAUUUCAAAGAUACCACCAAAAACAUCUUCGAUGAAAAGGUCAGUAAAAAAGUUGGCAAUUCCAAAGAAGAAGGAGCUAAAGAUCAAACCGUUUUUACUGAGUAUCUGUACCCCUCGUAUAAGGCGCGUACUCAGAAUCAUCAUAGUAGAGGCCCUUCCAUGGAAAGAGAGGGAAGGAAAGUCAAGUCUCCUCUCUUUGAAGAAUUUAUGAAAAGUACAAAUUCGCAGAAAUGCAGCGCCGAGCGGCGCGCCUGUGGUGAGACCCUCGAGCCCCGCCGGAAGGCCUGUUCUGGUGUCGCUGAGUGUGCGAGGCAGGAGUCCAUGAACCUCUUCAACGCCAAACUGUUGAAUCCUGUGAGAAUCGAGGAAUUUCGAAAGUUGAUUGAGAGGUAUUUACUAGAAAAAUUGGAGCGUUUCCAUCAUUGGAAAGAACUUGAUCAAUUCAUUGCAGCAUUUUUCCUCAAUGGUGUCUUUAUACAUGAUCAGAAGCUUUUCACAGACUUUGUUAAUGAUGUGAAAGGUUAUCUUAAAGACAUGAAGGAGUAUCAAAUAGAUAAUGACGGAGUAUUUGAGAAGUUGGAUGGAUAUAUAUAUAGACACUUCUUUGGUCACCCUUUUUCCCCUCCGUAUGGACCCAGUCGGCCAGAUAAAAAGCAGCGUAUGGUAAAUAUUGAAAACUCCAGGCAUCGAAAGCAAGAGCAGAAGCACCCUCAGACACAGCCUUAUAAAAGGGAAGGUAAAUGGCAUAAAUACGGUCGCACUAAUGGAAGAUACAUGGCAAAUCUUGAAAUAGAGUUGGGGCAGUUACCUUUUGAUCCUAAAUACUGACUAUCAUGGUUAAGUGGAAUUAGAAAACGUGUAACAGAAACUUGGAUACUUUCUUCAGUGUUUGGUAUUGAAGCCAAGAUGAAAUUAUCAAAUUAACAGUGCCCUUUUUAUUUCCAUAUAUCAGUUUGGUUUCACUGUUGUAAUCAUUCAGAGGCAGCAAAAGCUUACUAACCCGCACUUUCCUGUAGUUUAGCUGUGCUGAACUGUCUUGGCACUGGAGCUGUACUAGUUCAACUAGUUUCACUCGGGAAGCCAGGCGUGCAACACGUUCUGUGCAUGAAACAAGACUUCCUUUAAAGCAAGCUCAGAUCAUAUGCGACAAAGUGCAAUGAACACUAAUGUGAUUACUUGCAGUAGAGCUUGAAAAAAGUACAUUGUGAUGGAAUUUCAUCUUUUACAUUUUAUAACCUUAUAUUUGCUUCUUGUCUUUUUGUGGGUUCAAGAGCCCCGUUGACUUGUGAAGAAUUUGCUGCCUUCUUAUGAACUUGCUGACUUGUUCUCUUGUGAAAUUUCUUGCACAUCUGAAUAUUGUGGAAGAAACAAUAAAACUACACCAUGAGGAAAA